AUGGUGUCUAACACUCGUUCCUCUGUUCGAUUUCAAGAAGAAAUCGACUUUUCCAAGGAGGAUUUCGACGAACUCGGUAUUAAGUAUCCAAUUUGCCAAACAUUUUGUCCAGAAGAAGUUCAUGGAGAUAUUUGUAAAUGUAAAAGAAAAAUAAGUCGCCAUAGAGACAAAGCACCACAUGAUGCAGAGGAAUGGGAGCAUGCGAUCCGCACUUAUCUACUACCGGCACAAUAUGGGCGACUCGCAAACGAUGGUUGGUUUGCACGUCUUGAUAUAGAGACAGAACUCGACAAAGUUGAAGAACUUCUUUUUAAGCUCUGGAAACUACCAGAACCUAAAUUAAUUAUGUCGAUUAUUGGUGGUGCAAAGUUUUUUAAAUUAAAUGAUCGCCUCGAAUCAAACUUUAUCAAGGGUAUUGUUAAUGUUGCUGAAAAAGCAAAUUCAUGGAUAGUUACAACUGGAUAUCGCGUCGGUAUUGUUCAACUUGUUGGACAAGCACUUGCAAAAGUUCAAUUAAAAAAACAAGAUUCCAAAAUGAUUGCAAUCGGUAUUUGUAAAUGGGGUAGUAUAAAAAAUGUCAAAGAAUUAACAGCCAUAAGGAACAAUGCGAAAAGCAAGACAAGAAUAAGCCAAUCUGACGAUUCAGAUGAAGACGAAGAAACGCAUGGUAUAAUAAGACGUGGAGAAUGUCAUCUUGAAAUGAAUCAUACACAUUACCUGAUGUUGGAUGAUGGAAGAUAUCGACAUUUCGAUUCAAAAGAUUUUCGGGCAAAUUUAUGCAGUUGCAUAGCAAAGAGAUCAAUUAAAAAGAAACAAAGUAACGCUCAAACUCCUGCUGUCACCAUUGUAGUUGAAGGUGGUCCUGAUACAAUAACAAAUGUAUAUUACGAUUUAAAAAAAAAUAUCCCAGUUGUUAUUAUUAAUGGUAGUGGCCGUGUGGCGGAUUUCUUGAGUCGUUGGUUCUCGUAUGCUAAAAAUGUAGAAACUGAUCCACAACAUGCUGACGAGGUGUAUGGAAUUGAUGAAUUAGGUACAAAUCUACUGACACAAGGACUUAUCGAAACCAAAACACAGAAAAGAUUGGGAAAUAGAGUUGAUGUGCAUGCUGACCUUCAUCUUGAUUUAUCGAAAAAAAAACUUCGUCAACUAUUUCACAAAUAUGAAAAGGAAAUGCAAGAAGAUUUAAAAAAUCUGUUAUACCGUGAUGAUGAUUCUGAUCAGAAAAAAGUCGAUAGUGUAAAAGCUGAAAACAAAGGGCCUGAUAAAAAAUUAUUAGACACACUUGAUCAAGUUAUGUUUUGCCUACAACCAGGUCUUCGCUCUCACGUAACAGUAUAUAAUCUGGAUUCAGACAAUGAUUUAGCAGAAACAAUUUUUGAAAGUAUUUGUAAAGCGUAUAACAAAUCACCAAAAGGUAAAAACAAUGAAAAAGCAAUAGAUGAACGAAGCGCACUACUGAAUUUGGCCAUGGAUUGGAACUGUAUUCAUGUAGCAAAAGAGUUCGUUUUCCAAAACGCAUUAGACACAAUCCAAGAUCCAAACAAAUAUUUUAUACGCGCUUUAACAGACAAUUUACCAACAUUCGUCUAUGAAUUUCUUAAAUUAGGACUUAAUCCAGCUGAUGUAUUCUUUUCGAAGACAUUCGCUUCAGUUCAAGAGCAACGUUAUAAAAAAUUUCUUGAUACACUUUAUACAAAUGACUUAAUCCUGAAAGGUAAACCAGAAACUCGUUUGAAAUACUUUAUUGGCGCUAAUGAACAAGAUGAUCGUCCAUGGAUUGGUACCGUUAAGAAACUUAACCAUGCUCUUACAAACAUUAUUGGUGAUUAUAUGUAUGAUUUGUAUUUUAAUACAGAAGAAGAAGAAAUGAAACAUAGAAAUAAAUGGGGACUGACCCAACACCAUGAAAAAAAUCAUCAUAAUAAUAUUAAAGACGUUGAGAGUCGAAUGAUUUUAACCACUUCGGCACAAGCAGAAAAAGCACGUAAAUGCAUAUUGCGGGAUUUAUUUUUAUGGGCUAUACUUAUGAAUCGCAUUGAUAUGGCUAAAGUCUUUUUAUGCUUUUUGAAAUAUCGAAUAUGUCCUGCGUUGAUUGCAACAAAAGUUUUAAAACAAUAUGAUGCAAAAGCAACUUACGGAGCAGCACAAGACGAAUAUAAAGAAAAUAUUAAGUAUUUUGAAAAAUAUGCAAUGGAUUGUCUCGAUGCAUGCAAUCAGGAAAAUCUAGAUCUGGCUUGUCAACUUGUUGUACAACAAAAUGAACUUUAUGGAUAUGUUACGUGUCUUCAAAUUGCUUCCGAUGCAGGAGAUAAAUUGUUUAUUGCACGACCAUCUUCUACUCAAGCGAUGCAUUGUAUUUGGUUUGAUAAACUCAAUAUGAAAAAAAACGAUGGUUCCGGUUAUGUGGCUUUGAUUACUGGAAUCCUCUCCUUGGGUUUGUUGGCUUCUCCAUUUGUUCGAUAUCAAGAGAACAAAAAGGGAGCACAAAUUGGUUCAUCUCCUAAACGAACCCUGGAACAGUGUGGCAUAACUUAUUGUGAUCCAUAUCCACUUGAAUAUCCUCGCUAUAAAAUAAUUAAACCAUCCAUCAAUCGUUAUCUAAAUAAUUUUGUCAAUUUUCAUCUAUGUUUGGCAGUUAAAUUUUCUUAUCAUGUGAUUAGUUAUAUCUUUUUUCUACUACUCUUCUCGUAUGUUCUUCUGUUCAACUUUUCGCCACCCACAAGUGAUUUUCCAUCGAUUGGUUGGACGGAAAUAUUAACAAUUAUUCUUGUUUCAUGUAUGCUCAUAGAAGAAAUUCAUCAUUUUUUGACUCAAGAUAGCUUGAAACUUAUCGGACAAGCGAAAAGUAAUUUUCGUGAUUUUUUCAAGUCAUUGACUACGAUAGGGUUUAUUCUAUUCUACAUCGGAUUGAUUCUACGAUUUACAAAUGCGGGCUCCGAAGAGGAUUUUAUUGCUGCUAGAGUCGUGAUGGCUAUCGAUAUAGAAAUCUGGUGGUUACGUUCCUUAUCGUUUAUUAUUGUUAUACCGUUUUUGGGACCGCAUCUUGUAGCUAUUGCAAAAAUGCUGCAGGAUCUGUUAUUCUUUCUCAGCAUUAUUGCAGUUGUUAUGAUUGCCUAUGGUGUUGCAUCUCGUUCAAUGGUUUAUUAUCCGCCAGGGAACAAUGUUACAGUGCUAACUGGUCCUCCUGAUACCAGUUUUAGUGGCAGACCUAUUUUUCGAAAUAUUUUAUAUCCCGUUUACUAUUUAAUGUAUGGAGACUUUGGCGAUGAGCUAACAAAUCUAGAUAAUAAUUCUGAUGCUGCAUGGGCUACUGCAGAUCAAGUAUUACUUGCUAUUCAUAUGAUUUUUGUGAAUAUUCUAUUAGUUAACUUACUUAUCGCCAUGUUUAGCAAACGAUUCAAUGAAGUUGAUGAAGAUACAAGAAAUAUAUGGCAUUCGCAACAAUACUUAUUCACACGUGAAUAUUUCACACGUUCACCAUUUAUGCCACCAAUAAGUAUUAUUUAUAAUAUUUAUUAUUUGUCUCGUAUGCUGAUCUUCUUCAUACGACGAAAAUUUUUCCACGGGUCAGCCGAUCGAUCUGCUCAAAAAUUCAAAAUAAUUGCGAUGAAUAAAGACCGGCUAGAAGAAUGGCGAGAGUUUGAAGGUGCUUCAACGUAUAAAUAUGCUCAUAAUGAAGUAAAAGCAUUGAAAGCUGCACCUCAGAAAGUUAAGAAAGGAUCAGACUCAUCGAGUACACAAAAAGAAACUAAGGCAGAUAACAGCGACGAUUUAAAUGAAGCGGCGGAUAAUGUGAGAGAAUUACAAGAUCAUCUGUCGAAAUUAAACUCAACUAUCGAAGGAAUGAAAUUAGGAUUUAAGAAUUAUUUCAUAGAACAACAACAGGUCGAUGUGAAAAAUAAAAAAUAA